UUCACUUAUACAGACAGCUACUCCGAGGACCUGCUGUCAUUUCUACCUUACGCCUUUCACGCCUACAUCCCAGAAGAUGCUAUGCGAUUUUGAAUUUCUUCAACCUUAGAUUUCGUGAUGCGCCAUUAAAACUGAUGUGUGUGUCGGGAACCUGAUGAUCACUCGUUUUCUAUACUGGUUCUUCUCCAAUCUCUCCUCUUCUGUAAAUCCCAGUGUCAUUGCUCUUUGUAACAAUUGCGAAUACUGGCAGAAAGUAGAAAAGCGGGCUUGAGAAGGCUAUCCGGACACUGGAAUCUGAGUCCUUACAAUGGUUUGAAGGACGAAUGAAGUAGUCCCCGCUGAUAAAGCAAACUUCCAACCGAUCUCUUAGCAGUAGACAUCCUGUGACGUGUGGGCAGAAUGAAUGCCAUUAAAUGUGUGUUGGUGGGCGAUGCUGCUGUUGGGAAAACCUCUCUUCUCGUUCGUUUCACAUCUGAGGCCUUCCCCGACACUUACAAACCCACAGUGUAUGAAAAUACAGGUAUCGAUGUGUACAUGGACGGCAUUCAGAUUAGUCUGGGACUUUGGGAUACAGCAGGUAAUGAUGCUUUCAAAAGUAUCCGUCCGCUUUCUCUUCAACACGCAGACAUUGUCUUACUGUGCUUCUCGGUGGCCAACCAUGCAUCUUUUCUGAAUGUCCGGAACAAGUGGAUUCCUGAAGUCAGGCAUCAUUUGCCUAAUAUUCCAGUGCUGGUGGUAGCCACUCAGACCGACCAGAGGGAACUGGAUCAAAUGCGCGUCCCUUGCAUCCAUUCAGCGGAUGGGAAACAGUUAGCCCGAGAUGUGAGAGCCAAGGGAUACGUAGAGUGUUCGGCCCUAACCAACAGGGGAGUGCAGCAGGUGUUUGAGUGUGCCGUCAGGACAGCUAUCAACCAAGCAAAGAAACGAGCCCGGAGGAAACGCUUUUCUGUAAACGAAUGCAAAAUUAUUUGAAUGAAUCUCAGGAUACAUUUCCUACGUGAUGACACCGAGGAUUACAUUUAUGUACAUUCUCAAGUGUACAUUUUUGGAGAAUUCUUUCCUGUAACACAAUAAUUUGGCACCCACUGGUAUAUUGCCUACAACCCUGAAGACGUCUUUUUGUUAAUUUCACUUUGAUUUGCACUAGUGGAAAACUACUUAAGGUCUUUUUUGGACCGACACAUGAAAAAAAAUCAUAAAAAAAUAUUUAUUCGUGUACAAAUGAACAAUUGUUCCACUAUGCUUUGUUUAGUGAGACCUAACACGCUGAUUUGAGGUUUGUAUUUUUAGUAGGGUUUAUAUAAAUAUCCCGUAUUGGACUGGACACAUUAUGCCAUCAAAAGCAAUAUAUAUAUAAGAGUCCAGCUCUGUGUGAUGCUAGAUCUUAUUUAGGUAGCAGCAUGUUUUUAUUUUUUUUAUAAUUAUUAGUCAUAUAAAAAUAUUUAACUUAAAAAUGUAAAAUAAGUUAUUUCAUGUAAGCUCCUUGCGGCUAAUGAAAAGAAAAAAAGAACUGAAAAAUAUUAUUAAAAAAUGUCAUGCUCCAUGUCAUUGUCUGAACACAGUGCACUAAAUGUCUUCAUUCUGUUUAUUUGUCACUGUUUUCAUAGUUGUUGUUUUUUUUAUUAAUGUCGUCAUGCCAAGACCUUGGCCCUGUAUUUUUUUAAAUGUAGGAUAUUUUUGGAUUAAUUUUACUUGUUUUCAAACAAAAUAAAAAUAGCUGUC